GGCGUGCUGGUGGGACACCCGUUUGACACAGUCAAGGUGCGGCUGCAGGUGCAGAGCGGCUCGAAGCCCCAGUACCGAGGGACACUGCAUUGCUUCCAGUCCAUCGUCCGGCAGGAAAGCGUGCUGGGUCUUUACAAGGGGCUGGGCUCGCCCCUCAUGGGACUCACCUUCAUCAACGCGCUCGUGUUCGGCGUGCAGGGCAACACGCUGCGCGCCCUGGGCCGCGACACACCGCUGAACCAGUUCGUGGCGGGCGCGGCGGCGGGUGCCAUCCAGUGCGUCAUCUGCUGCCCCAUGGAGCUGGCCAAGACGCGGCUGCAGCUGCAGGAGACGGGCCCGGCGCGCACCUACCGCGGCUCGCUGCACUGCCUGGCACACAUCUACCGGCGCGAGGGGCUGCGCGGCGUCAACCGCGGCAUGGUGGCCACGCUGCUGCGCGAGACGCCCAGCUUCGGCGUCUACUUCCUGUCCUACGACGUGCUCACGCGCUGCCUGGGCUGCGAGCCGGGCGACCGGCUGCUGGUGCCCAAGCUGCUGCUGGCGGGCGGCACGUCGGGCAUCCUGUCCUGGCUGUCCACCUAUCCCAUGGACGUGGUCAAGUCGCGGCUGCAGGCCGACGGGCUGCGGGGUGCCCCGCGCUACCAGGGCAUCGCUGACUGCGCGCGCCAGAGCUACGAGGCCGAGGGCUGGCGCGUCUUCACGCGCGGCCUCACCUCCACGCUGCUGCGCGCCUUCCCGGUUAACGCGGCCACCUUCGCCACGGUCACCGUGGUGCUCACCUACGCACGCGGCGAGGAGGCCCAGCACGAGGGCGAGGCGGCGUCUGCGGCUGCCCCGGUGGCACCUGCACGCCCAGCCUGUGAGCGCAUCCUGCCUUCUCCCGGCCCCACCUCCGCGGCGGCUCUGAGGGGCAGGGACCCCAGUGCACUGGAUUGA